AUGGCAUACACGGCUGUCCCGGAAUCGAUGAAGAAUAUUAAAGCGCUGCUGUAUAGCGUGUUUGGAACAAUCGUGGACUGGCGUACAACUGUGGCCCAAGAGUUAGCCUCAUUCGCCACUCUAACUUCAACUCGUUGCUCAAUAAACACGCAGAUUUCCUCCAAAAACUGGCACGAAUUCGCCCGAAAGUGGCGCAGCGGCUGCUCCGACAGUGUUGAAAAGUCACUGUCGACUCGACACCCUUUUCUCACCUUGGACGAGAUACAUCGAGGAGUUUUGGCUACUCUAAUCAAAGAAUUCGAAAUUCCCCAACAUGUAUGGAGCGAAGAUGAGAUGGAACAGGUGAACACUGUUUGGCACCGAUUGGAUUGCUUCGAGGACGGUAUACCGGGCUUGACAAGGUUAAGCAAGAAAUACAUAAACGCUACCUUGAGUAACGCCAACGUGAAAUUAUUGGUGGAUCUGAAGCGACACGCGGGAUUACACAUGCUGGAUUACAUGUUCUCUGCAGAAUUGUUUAAGGAGUAUAAGCCAAAGGAUGUGACUUACCUGGGGGCAUGCGAGAUGCUGGCAUUGGAUCCUGAUGAGGUGGUGAUGGUGUCGUCGGAUCAAAACGAUCUGGUCAACGCGAAAAAGCUUGGCCUGAGAACUGUUUACGUGAGAAGGAAGGACGAGGUGGAUUAUCAUCGCGAGGUUGGCGGCAAUGAGGAGCCGGUUGGUGAAGAUGAGUUUGAUUGGGUGGUAGAAAGUUUAGAAGAAUUGGCCGAUGUUAUGGGAUGUUAG